AUGGUUUUUUACUCGCUACCGUCUCCUCGGGUUCUCGGUGAGGACCGAGGUGGACUGCAGACGAACAACUCACUUACAACACCGCCAGAGCUGGGCACAUCGAACCCAUGCAAUCGGAAUCCACUUUCAUCUGAAGAUGAGAUAAUUUGCUGGCGCCAUGCCACAUUUGCCGCCUCCGCACCUCACAAGUUCCGCGCCAGCAUCCACGCCCGCAUUCAAGCCAAGUUCCACGCCGAUAGCCGCUGGGGCAAGCUGCAAAGUUCGGAUACGGAUACCGACACUGCCCCUGGAAUCAUGCAACGGUCAAAGUUUCUAUGCAAAUCGAUCCGAUGGACGCACAACCCCCUUCAGCUUGGCUGGCAGAUUGUCUACCGGGGCCAAAUCGACAUAGGUGGCAGCUGCUGGAGCUUCGAACCCGGAACACCCGGUGGAUGUGAUAUCGGGAACCUUUCGCGGAUGCCCCGACCCUUGUUUCCUGCAGCUCCCCUGAUCUUCGGCACAUCAGAGCUCCAACUGAUCCGCGAAUUAUCACCAACACGCCCAUCGACGGAACGCGUUGUGCGGCUGAUUGUGUCAUCCGAACCAUCAGGCCUCCAUGUACCUGUCAAUCUGGCAUCUGCAAUCUUCAACCAAGAUGGCACCCUCAAAGGACACUGGUGCCACUUCGCGCCACCUGUGGAGGAGAGGAUCCGGGGAUAUUCCUGCUGCCGUGGACCUGGCCAGAACAACCAGCCGUUGCUAGCCAAUGAGAAGCUGUCCCGAACAUUUAUGCAUUUUGAGAGCUCCCAGCACUUGUCGAUCGCAUUGUACCACUACCCCAUUACAGUCAGAACGAUACAAAGACCGAUCAAUUGA